AAUAAUAGCACGGCGUUUGUCUGCUCUUAGCAUUUUUUUUAUUAUUUUUUUUUUCCAGUUUGUCUCCUUGUGUGUCUGUCGCUUUCUCCUGGUCCCUCUUCUUCCGCCUCCGGCCGCAUAUUGCGACACUGACUGUCAAAGACAGAUGAUCUGAGCCCGGCAUGUGUGUUUAUGUAUGCGCGCGUAUGCCAGGAGUGGGGAGGUCUGGCUUUAACCUGAUGCUAUUAAUACCGCCUAAUGAACAUAAUCUGGAGGAUAGGUUAUCCUCUUACGUUUGUUGGCUGGACGGCUGAGGGGAGGAGCAGAGAGCCAGUGAAAGAGGAGGGAAAAGCUGUUCACACUGAGUUUGCGUUCUCUGUCCAAGUUCUUCUCUCUCGCUGUACAGAGAGAUUAGUAGAAACUGAAAGCUCAACUGAUGUUAAAAGUUUCGUUUCGUGUGCAAGCUGAGUCCCCUCUAUACUGCCCCCUAUGUCUUGUCUCUCUCUCAGUGCUGUUUAGCUAUUAAGCUUGAGUGCUUCUAUAUGUGAUACAUAGUGGUCAUACCUGUUGGCAGUAACAUAGGAUUUAAACACAACUUGCGGAAUAUACACACUGGAAGUCUCCCUCACGUCCAGUAAUGAACUCUCUACCAGCUUACUCAGGAGCUAGAAUAUCUGGCUGCUGGACUCUAAGAUCUGAUGGCAGUGGAGGCGGUGAGGGAUCGCUGGAUCGUCUUCUCCCCACGGUGAGCCCGGGCCUCUCGCCCAGGAAAAGGACCACCAGCCAGUGCAAGUCUCAGCCUCCUCUGCUACGCACGUCCAAACGAACCAUCUACACCGCUGGUCGCCCGCCCUGGUACAACGAACAUGGAACACAGUCCAAAGAGGCUUUCGUCAUUGGCCUGUGUGGUGGCAGCGCUUCAGGAAAGACAACUGUCGCCAGGAAAAUCAUCGAGGCCUUAGACGUUCCAUGGGUCGUGCUGCUCUCAAUGGACUCUUUUUACAAGGUCCUGUCGGAAAACGAGCAGGCCCUGGCCGCCAGCAGCGACUACAACUUCGACCACCCCGACGCCUUUGACUUUGAUUUGCUGAAACAUACUCUGCGCAAACUCAAACAGGGCAAGAGCGUGAAAAUCCCUGUGUAUGACUUCACAACACAUGGGAGGCAGAAGGAGUGGAAAACCGUAUAUGGAGCCAGCGUUAUCAUCUUUGAGGGAAUCAUGUCCUUCGCAGAUAAAGGACUUUUGCAGCUGCUGGACAUGAAGCUCUUCGUGGACACAGACUCUGACAUCCGUUUGGUGCGGCGGUUGAGGAGGGACAUCACAGAAAGGGGCCGGGAAAUUGAGGGAGUCAUCAAACAGUACAACAAGUUUGUCAAACCGGCCUUUGAGCAGUACAUCGAGCCCACCAUGCGCCUGGCUGACAUCGUGGUACCACGUGGUGGUGGCAACAUGGUGGCCAUCGAUUUGAUUGUACAGCAUGUUCACAGUCAGCUGGAGGAGAGGAAGCUCCGCUGGGAUAUGGCAGCCCUGGCUUCUGCACAUCAAGCCCAGCCCCUCCCCCAAACCCUCAGCGUUCUGGAGAGCACACCUCAAGUCAGGGGCAUGCACACCAUCAUCAGAAACAAAGAAACCAGUCGAGAUGAGUUCAUCUUCUACUCCAAGAGGCUGAUGCGUCUCUUGAUUGAGCGAGCGCUCUCCUUCCUCCCCUCACAGGUCCACGUAGUGCAGACGCCCCAGGGAGAGGAUUAUGAAGGCAGGGCUUUCCACGGAAAGAGGAUUACAGGCGUGUCCAUCCUGCGAGCCGGGGAGACCAUGGAGCCGGCUCUGAGGGCCGUCUGCAAAGACGUCCGCAUCGGCAAGAUCCUCAUCCAGACCAACCAGGACACAGGAGAACCCGAGCUUCAUUACCUGCGGUUGCCUAAAGACAUCAGUGAAGACCAUGUGAUUCUGAUGGACUGCACCGUGUCCACCGGGGCUGCUGCCAUGAUGGCCGUACGGGUCCUGCUGGAUCACGACGUUCAGGAGGACAAGAUCUUGCUGGUUUCUCUGCUCAUGGCUGAAAUGGGAGUUCAUUCGGUGGCCUACGCUUUCCCACAGGUCAAAAUCAUCACCACCGCCGUCGACAAGAAAGUCAAUGAUGUCUUUCACAUCAUACCAGGCAUCGGAAACUUUGGGGAUCGAUACUUUGGAACAGAUGCGCCCCCUGACUGGAGCGAUGAAGACACGGACGAGCCCAGUUACUGAUUCAACUUUUGUCAUUGCACUUGCUUAUUGGAUAAUCCAAGGCUGUGCCCGUCAGUGGACAAUAUGAGGAUCUACUCUAAGCCUCUGUUUGGCCGAAACACGCCUCCUUCAGAGGCCAAAACAAGAGAGCCCUGAAAAAAUGUAUUAAUAAUUUAUUAUGUAUAAUAAUAAUUUAUAAUAAUUAUAUUAUUUAAUCCUGCGUAAAGGCUGUUGAGCACAGUUGUGUUUUGUGUUCUGAAAUCUUUUUACUUGUAGAGCGUGUCAUGAAGUCAAAAUGAUUUAUUUUAGUGCUUAAAUUGCGACAAUCUAUCGAAAUGUGCAAAUGCGUAUUGAAAGGAUGAUUUCGAGCCUCUAGACAUUACUGUGGACGACACAACUGAAUGUGUAUUUGCACGUGACGCAGAAGACAAAGAAAAAGAUGGAAAAAAAGCUCAGCUUUUAUGGUUAUUUUUAUCACAUACCAUGUUCACAGCUUUCACAAAAGUAGAAUCAGAAAAUGAACCCGUGUUGCUCAACUUCCAUCACCAUGAGCGCUUUCUGAAGGACCAUUCAGUCGGAAAAUGUGUAGGUGUAUCUGUCUGUGUAUUUUUUUUUUUUUAGCUCUCUGGUUCAGCCUUUUCCCACGUGUGUGGAUGCUGACCUAACCAGCUGAAAAGGAUGUUGAAAACGAUUUUUCAUGAUAUGCCUUAAAGUACGUACUCCUGCUGUAUAUUAAAAUAUUAAUGUGUCGUGUUUCUGCAUUUUCAUAAUUUUUGCUGUGGAUAGACCUGACCACUCAGCAGCAAGUCAUACAUCGUUUUGACGCUGAAAAAUGGGUCGCCUGCAUUUAGCGGACGCAGAUUGUUUAUUACAGUGUCACACAUCCUUAUUUGUGCCUCUGUUUAACGUGCAGCAUGUUGGGUUGCUUCUUUAGAAAAGUGGUCUUGUGUUACGGGCAUGUGAACUUAAAAUAUCCACAGCUCAAAAGAAUGGAGAGAUUUUUUUUGUUUUUUACUUGAUAGCAACACUUGAUAGCCUGUUUAAUAAGGCUUUUAUUUAUUUUUUUGUUUUUGAGGUAUGAGUUUUUACUCCUUAUUAUAGUCGAUGCAACAAUUCAUCCUGUGUCAUAAGUUUUAAAACAUAUCACAUGCACAGUAUUAAUCAGAAUUUACAUGUGGUAGCAUUUCAUUUAUUAAUUUUUUUUUUGUUUUUUUUGAGAAAAGGAAAUGCAAAACCAUUAAGGGAAAAAGUAGAAAUGGGGUGUUUUAACUGAGCAUCUCACUGCAUCCUGUCACCGCUUCAAGUUGCCACUGUUGCCUAAUCAUUACUUUUCCAUUUAGUCACCUGUCACUACAGCCAGCGCCAAAUACAGUUGCGUUAGCAGUCUCACUGUGCUCUUUGGAGUUUACCACUUCUGCACGCUUCUUUAUUUUUUUGUUUGUUGUUUUUUUUGUUUGUUUUGUUUUUAAAAAAAGAAAUAUAUAUAUAUAUUUAAUAAAAGUGCAAUGGAGAUUUUGGAACUGCUCACA